GUUUAUGUUGAAUGAGUGUGUGUGUGAGAGAGACACCAAGUGAGUGUGCGCCGUUGACCGCCAUGGGUUGCACGGCGAGUGUGGUGUUGCUGACCGGCUUCCGGAACCUUCUGGAGCGGAACUGUAGCUACGUGUGCAAGGCGGCUCUGGACCUGCCCGAGCACGACGACGACGACGAUGACGACACCACCCUAAGCAGAGGAGACUCACUACCAUGGACCUCCACAGCCACCCUGGUGAAGCCUAAGAUCAUCGAGCCGCUGGACUAUGAGAGUGUGCUGCUGCAGAGGAAGACUCAGAUCCUCAGCGAUGUGCUGCGAGACAUGCUGCAGUUCCCUCUGGAUGACUUCCAGAUGUCGAUGCUGCGUCGUCAGGGUCGAACCCUCUUCCCAACGGUCCCCGACAACGCUCAGAAGGAGGCCCAGAGUCUGUUUGUCAAAGAGUGUAUAAAGACCUACAACUCCGACUGGCACGUGGUGAACUACAAAUAUGAAGACUACUCGGGAGACUUCCGGCAACUUCCAAACAAAGUCCCUCGACCUGAGAAGCUGCCGGCUCACAUAUUUGAGGUGGACGAGGAUGCAGACAAAGACGAGGACACGGCGUCGCUGAGCUCUCAGAAAGGGGGCGUGUCCAAACAUGGCUGGCUCUAUAAGGGCAACAUGAAUGGGGCCAUCAGCGUCACUAUGAGGUCCUUCAAGAGGAGGUAUUUCCACCUGGCCCAGUUGGGUGAUGGCUCCUACAACCUCAACUUCUACAAGGAUGAGAAGAUCUCCAAGGAGCCCAAGGGCACCAUCUUCCUGGACUCAUGCAUGGGGGUGGUGCAGAACAGUAAGGUGCGGCGCUUUGCGUUUGAGUUGAAGAUGCAGGAUAAGAGCACCUACCUGCUGGCGGCGGACAGUGAGGUGGAGAUGGAGGACUGGAUCAGCACGCUCAACAAGAUCCUCCACUCCAGCUUCGAACUGGCCAUGCAGGAGAAGAGGAACGGAGACAUGCACGAUGAUGACGACCUGGGAAAGUCGGACAUCACAGCUGGGAACUUUCAGGACAGCUUCCAGAGCGCCAGAGAUAUUGAGGCCAAGAUGAGAAAUGAGACGAGGCUGCGGCUGUUCACCCUGGACCCAGACACGCAGAAACUGGAUUUCUCAGGCAUUGAGCCGGAUGUGCGACAGUUUGAGGAGAAGUUUGGCAAGCGUGUGCUGGUCAACUGCAACGACCUGUCAUUCAACCUGCAGAGCUGCGUGUCAGAGAACGAUGAAGGACCCACCACUAAUGUGGAGCCCUUCUUCGUGGUGCUCUCGCUGUUCGAUGUGCAGAACAGCAGGAAGAUCUCGGCCGACUUCCACGUGGACCUGAACCACCAGCUGGUGCGGCAGAUGAUCUCCCACCACCACAACCAGCAGCAGCAGCACAUCAACGGGGACGCCGAGGGACUGGAGCAGGGGCAGGGGCAACUCAACGGGCUACCAGAGGGGGCGCUCAAGUACCCCACACAGGGUGUGUUCUCUGUGACGUGUCCGCACCCGGAUAUCUACCUGGUAGCCCGUGUGGAGAAGGUGCUACAGGGGGGCAUCACACACUGUGCAGACCCCUACAUGAAGAGCUCUGACCCAGCCAAGGUGGCCCAGAAGGUGUUGAAGAAUGCCAAGCAGGCGUGCCACAGGCUGGGCCAGUACAGGAUGCCUUUCGCAUGGGCCGCCAGGCCGGUGUUUAAAGACGCCUCAGGCACUCUGGACAAGAGUGCUUCAUUCUCACCCCUCUACCGCCAGGACAGCAACAAGCUCUCAGAUGAGGACCUCUUCAAACUCUUGGCUGACUUCAAGAAGCCAGAGAAGAUGGCAAAGCUUCCGGUGUUGCUUGGCAACCUGGACGUGACCAUAGAUAGUGUUGCCCCCGACGUAGCAAAUUGCGUGACGUCCUCCUACAUCCCUGUGAAGCCCUUCCUCCUGAGCGACAGAGGAGGAGGAGGAGGAGGAGGUGGAGGAGGUGGAGGAGGAGGUGGAGGAGGAGGAGGCGGUGCUGCUCUGAUGGAGGUGGAGGAGUUUGUGCCCUGCAUAGCCAAGUGUUCUCAGCCCUUCACCAUCUACAACAACCACCUCUACGUCUACCCCAAACACCUCAAGUAUGAUGGACAGAAGUCUUUUGCCAAGGCCAGGAAUAUUGCAGUCUGUGUGGAGUUCAGAGACUCAGACGAGGAAGAUGCACAGCCUCUUAAGUGUAUCUAUGGGCGGCCAGGUGGACCCCUCUUCACCAAGCAAGCCUUCGCUGCCGUGCUGCAUCACCAACAGAACCCAGAGUUCUACGACGAGAUUAAGAUAGAGUUGCCUACCCAGCUGCAUGAGAAGCAUCACCUGCUCUUCACCUUCUACCACAUCAGCUGUGAAGAGAAGAAGAAAGACGUGGUGGAGACGCCGGUGGGCUCCUCGUGGCUGCCCUUGCUGCGCGAUGGCAGAGUCAUCAUGAACGAGCAGCACAUCUCUGUUGCUGCCAACCAGCCCCCCGGAUACCUCAGCUGCCAGGAUGGCAUCAACAAGCACCCGGGCCCUGAUGUGAAGUGGGUGGACAGUGGGAAGACUCUGUUCCGUGUCUCCACACACCUGGUGUCCACAAUAUACUCUCAGGAUCAGCACCUGCAUAACUUCUUCCAGCACUGUCAGAACAUGGAGACCUCUCUACAGGCCACAGACGGGGACCUCAUCAAGUUCCUCAAGUCCCUGCAUGCAAUGGAGGGCCAUGUGAUGAUCAACUUCCUGCCCACCAUCCUGAACCAGCUGUUCCGCGUGCUGACCAGCGCCACUCACGAGGACGUGGCCGUCAACGUCACCAGGGUGAUGGUCCAUGUGGUGGCCCAGUGCCAUGAGGAGGGCCUAGAACACUACCUCAGGUCAUACGUCAAGUAUGUGUUCCGGCCUGAGCCCUACUCUGCCAACAGCACCAAGACAGUGCACGAGGAGCUGGCCAAAGCCAUGACCGCCAUCCUCAAACCCUCCACAGACUUCCUCACCAGCAACAAGCUACUCAAGUAUUCCUGGUAUUUCUUCGAAGCUCUAGUUAAGUCAAUGGCUCAACACCUGAUGGAGAGUGGCAAGGUCAAGCUGUCGCGUAACCAGCGUUUCUCGGCCUCCUACCACCAUGCGGUGGAGACGCUGGUGAACAUGCUGAUGCCCCACAUCACCCAGAAGUACAAGGACAACCUGGAUGCAGCCCGCAACGCCAACCACAGCCUGGCCGUCUUCGUCAAGCGCUGCUUCACCUUCAUGGACCGCGGCUUCGUGUUCAAGCAGAUCAACAACUACAUCAACUGCUUCAUGCCAGGAGACCCAAAGACGCUGUAUGAGUUCAAGUUUGAGUUCCUGAAGGUGGUGUGUAACCAUGAGCACUACGUCCCCCUCAACCUCCCCAUGCCCUUCGGCAAGGGCAGAAUACAGCGCUUCCAAGACCUCCAGCUGGACUACUCUCUGACGGAUGACUUCUGCAGAAAUCACUUCCUGGUUGGUCUGCUGAUGCGUGAGGUGGGCGGGGCCUUGCAGGAGUUUGGGGAGAUCCGUCAGAUCUCCAUCCACGUGCUCAAGAGCCUCAUGAUCAAACACGCCUUCGACGACCGCUACGUCUCCAAGAGUCAGCAGGCGCGUCUGGCUACUCUCUACCUGCCGCUGUUCGGACUGCUGCAGGAGAAUGUGCACCGGCUCAACGUCAAAGAGACCUCCACGCUCAUCACCAACAUUGCUAAUGGUAGAGAUGACCCUCCCUCCGUCUCCACGGCGACUCCUCAGAGGCCAGGGGGUAGUAUUGACAACAGCCUCCACAAGGACGUCUUUGGAGUCAUCUCUGGCACCGCAUCGCCCCAUGCCACCUCCACGCCCAACAUCAGUGCUGUGAAGCAUGCGGACUCCAGAGGCUCCCUGGUCAGCACUGACUCAGGCAACAGCCUGCCCGACAAGAGCAGCGAGAAGACCAACUCACUAGACAAGACCCAGUCAGCCUCUGCUCUGGGGAGUUCUCUGCUGCGUUGUGACAAACUGGAGAGAGAGGAGAUCAAGAACCUGCUCAUGUGCUUCCUCAACGUACUCAAGAGCAUGUCAGAAGAUGCCCUGUUUACAUACUGGAAUAAGGCCACACCUUCUGAACUCAUGGACUUCUUCACGCUGCUAGAAGUGUGUCUUCAUCAGUUUAGAUACAUGGGGAAGAGAUUCAUCACCAGGAACCAGGAAGUGUUAGGGGUAGUGUGUUCCCCUGCGGACAGGAAGUCCUUGACUCUGCCUGUUUCUCGCAACAGAACGGGGGCUCUACACACACGCCUACACCAGCUGGGCAGCCUGGAAAACUCACACACCUUUAACAACAUUUAUGCCCAUGGGGACACAGACCAGUCCGUCCUGGAGGCCAACGUGUCUACGGAGGUGUGCCUCACCGUCCUGGACACCCUUAGCGUCUUCAUCAUGGGCUUCAAGACCCAGCUGUGUGCGGACCUGGGCCACAACCCCCUGAUGAAGAAGGUGUUCCAGGUACACCUGUGCUUCCUGCAGAUUGCCCAAUCAGAGGCCGCCCUCAAGCAGGUCUUCACCUCCCUACGCACCUUCAUCUACAAGUUCCCUUGUACGUUUUUCGAUGGGCGGGCGGACAUGUGUGCGUGGUUCUGCUACGAGAUCCUAAAGUGUUGUAACUCCAAGUUGAGCUCUAUACGCAGUGACGCCGCACACCUGCUCUACUUCCUCAUGAAGAGCAACUUCGAGUACACCGGCAGGAAGUCCUUCGUCCGCACGCACCUACAGGUGGUCAUUGCAGUCAGUCAACUGAUCGCUGAUGUCAUCGGCAUUGGAGGCACGCGGUUCCAGCAGUCUCUCUCCAUCAUCAACAACUGCGCCAACAGCGACAAGAACGUCAAGCAUACGGCGUUCCCGUCAGACGUGAAGGACCUUACGAAGCGGAUCCGCACGGUGCUGAUGGCCACGGAACAGAUGAAGGAGCACGAGAACGACCCGGAGAUGCUGGUGGACCUUCAGUACAGCCUGGCCAAGUCCUACACCUCCACACCCGAGCUGCGCAAGACCUGGCUCGACAGCAUGGCCAAGAUACACGUCAAGAAUGGGGACCUGUCAGAGGCUGCCAUGUGUUACGUGCAUGUGGCCGCACUGGUGGCCGAGUACCUGAGGAGAAAAGGAAUGUUCCGUCAGGGCUGUUCUGCGUUCCGUGUGAUCACGCCCAACAUCGAUGAGGAGGCAGCCAUGAUGGAAGACGUCGGCAUGCAGGACGUACACUUCAACGAGGAGGUCCUGAUGGAGCUGCUGGAGGAGUGUGCUGAUGGGCUGUGGAAGGCCGAGCGUUACGAGCUCAUCUCAGACAUCUACAGACUCAUCAUCCCCAUCUACGAACAGAGGAGAGACUUUGAGAAGCUGGCCCACCUGUAUGAUACGCUGCAUAGAGCCUACACCAAGGUGAUGGAGGUGAUGCACACGGGGAAGAGGCUCCUGGGGACCUACUUCAGAGUGGCCUUCUUUGGACAGGGCUUCUUUGAGGAUGAGGACGGUAAGGAGUACAUCUACAAGGAGCCCAAGUUCACGCCACUCUCCGAGAUCUCCCAGCGCCUCCUCAAGCUCUACUCCGACAAGUUCGGGCCCGACAACGUCAAGAUGAUACAGGAUUCUGGAAGGGUGAACCCCAAGGACCUGGACUCCAAGUUCGCCUACAUCCAGGUGACGCACGUGACCCCGUACCUGGAGGAGAAGGAGCUGGAGGAGCGACGCACCGACUUCGAGAAGAGCCACAACAUCCGCCGCUUCGUCUUCGAGACGCCCUUCACCGUGUCGGGCAAGAAGCAAGGCGGCGUGGAGGAGCAGUGCAAACGACGCACCGUGCUCACCACCACUCAUUGUUUCCCCUAUGUGAAGAAGCGCAUCGCGGUGAUGUAUCAGCACCAUACGGACCUGAGCCCCAUUGAGGUGGCCAUAGAUGAGAUGAGCUCUAAGGUGUGUGAGCUCCGGGUGCUCUGCUCUGCUGCAGAGGUCGACAUGAUCAAACUGCAGCUCAAGCUACAGGGCAGCAUCUGUGUACAGGUCAAUGCAGGUCCUUUAGCCUACGCUAGAGCUUUCCUCGAUGACGCCUGUCAGAAGAAAUACGCAGACAACAAAGUCAAACAGCUCAAAGAAGUCUUCAGGCAAUUUGUGGACGCCUGUGGGACGGCCCUGGGUGUGAAUGAGCGUCUAAUCAAGGAGGACCAGCAGGAGUAUCAUGACGAGAUGAAGGCUAACUACAGGGACCUGACCAGGGAACUGUCCACCAUCAUGCACGAACAGAUCUUCCCAGUGGAGGAAGGCGGGGCUAAGAACGCCCUCUCUGAUUCGCUGCACAUCUUCAAUGCCAUCAGUGGCACGCCCACAGGAAGUGUCCCCAUGCACGGCCUGCCCUCGUCCUCCUCCACCGCCUGACCUUCUACCCCUUGACCUCCGAUGACCUCUGACGACCUUUGAACUCUCAGAGAUGGGGGGAAGGGAAACCUAGAGGUGAAAAUGGAUGGGUAGAUCAUUUUUUUCAGCGGAUAUGAGGCGCCGGAAUGUGACUUUCAGCCAAGUGCACUCAAGACAGAAGAUCCUCAUUCAUCCAGGCAAUGUUAGUCAAAAGAGUUUAGCAGUCACCAACUCCAAGAUGGCAAGGAGGAGAAAUAAAAAAGGGGGGAAUGGACACAUGCUUCAACAGAGACUUCAAGGCGCCACAAUAAGACUUGUGAGAAAAUGAAAAAGGGGACAGGGGAAAAUAGGUGGACAGGCUGAAGAUAGAGCGGAAGUUUGAGGGGAAAAAAGAAAUGAGGAAGAUCCUCAAUGGACUCUCCCAACAGAUAUCGUUACUGUGUUGUGAAAAAUGAAGGUUAUUUCUCAUAGGCUCUUAUUCCCCCUGACCACCAUCUGUUGGACAUCAGGGUGACUUUUUUAAACUGUGAUGGCUGCCUUGUGUUGGAGCUGGAAGAAUUAGUCUGAACCUAUGACACGGUCAGAUCUUUCCACUAACCAGUAGCCUACGUCUCUCUCUUUCUCUCUCUCUCUCUCCUUUUCUCUGUCUCAUUCUGGCCACCAAGACCAUGUGACUGGCAGAGCAAACAUUUGAGACCAGGACCAGAUGUCUAUUUGUCUUGAUGCGUCCAUUUUGUCCAUCUCAUCCAUUCGUUGUUUCCUGUGAGCACAGAGUGGAAAGCAAGCCCUGUUGCCCAUAGCAACAAACGAGGACCUAUCUUGUGUGUGUGCAUGUCUGAAAGGGAAACUGUCCCAACAUCAAAAUUCUGGCAGGUGACAUGUGAGAUUUGCCCAUACCCAAUGUCUUACGUUGAAAAGAUAGUAGUUUUAGGUCAGUCCACAGUUGUCUAUUUCUACAUUGGUAAACAGAGGAAAAAACAUUUGGUUAGUUAAAUAAAAUAAGAAAAAACAGGUUUUGAGUUUGUUACUGUGUGUAGGGAACGGUUUUAAUUUGUGGGUUGCAGUGAAAAUGCAACCAUGCUGGCCCAUGUUUAACUGUAAAAUGUAACAGUUGUCAGUGUUUACAGAACAAUGUAGAGUAAAAAUGGAUUUAAAAAACCAUUCACCUCCAUCUUUAGACUCUAGAUGCACCUUCACUCAUCUGCAUCUGUUUUUAUUUUUGCAAUUUUGGGUCUGUUUUACAGAGGGCUGGCAGAGGGCCAGCGGUAUUAGUAGUGUUCAAAACAAUUUUAACAAAUUCACUUUUUUUGCACACAUCUGCAGUAUAUUCUACAGUAACGGUUGCAUUGGUCUACAAUGUAGUAAAAUGUUAGUUCAAUUUACAACUUGGUAAAAUGUUGGGUUUUUCACAAUAACCUCCAUUCCACAAGCAAGGUUUUAUUCACUUUUUGGUCAUCAGACUUUUUCCAGGCGAAUAUGGGCCAUAGACUUAAAUUAUGUGAGUAAAACCUUGCGUGUGCAAUGGGCAGGGUAGGCGUUACAUCAUGUAUUUCUUUUACACAAAUAUGAAUUCGCUUGUGCAGUAAAUUUGACAUGUUCAGGACUUGGACAUGCCAUGUGGGCUAGCUCUCCUGAAACCCUGCACUUUCCCCACUUUUCCCCAGAAAUAUAAAAUGUUAUCCUGUACCGUGAAAAGGGAGAGAAACCAUGUUCAAUGCCAAGGGACUGUUACUUUUUUGUUUUGUUUUGUUUUGUUUUGUUUUUGUUUUGUUAUAUCUUUUGUUUAUUUUUAUGCCUGUUUUCUAUAUUAACAGAAGAGGAGUGCAAUAUUUUUAUGUGUCUGUCUGUAGUUCCCAUCCAUCCAGGCAUUCCUCAUUUUGCUCAGAUCCACGCUCGUCAUUAUACCUGUAACCAAAGUCUCGCCAGACGAAUGUAGCUCUGCCAAGCUCCACCUGCUAUUCCACUGAGUUCUACACAAUUCAUCUGGGAUCUCACCUGGGGAGUAUUCCACGGACCUCGCUUAGUAGUAAACCAGGUUAACUUAACCUUGAGGUAGUGGUAAAUCAUCUAAUACAGGAGCCUGGAUGCCUCAUUUUCUUAACUAAAUCACAUCUAUGGGCUAUCUUUUAGCUGGUUUACCACUUCCUGCAGGUCAACCUAGCUAUGUUCAUGGAAUACCUUGGAGGUACUUGAAGGGAGCAACAACAAAAAACAAAAAAAAAACAAAAAUAGCCAGUCAGGAAAGGUUGCACUUGCACGCACAUUUUCAGAAGCAGAAGCAACGGUUUCUUUCAGACAAACAUUGGUCCGUCUGCAAUCUGCCACAUAUUCAUCCUUUAUAAGAUGAACAUAGAACAGUUUUGAAUCUAUUUAUUGGUGGAAAACUUGUUUUCGCUCUUCUUCCAACUGAAUGAGGCCCUGCCUUCUGAAAUACAGUACAUCUCCAAUUCAGCUACCCCAGAUGGAUGUGUAGAACGAGGCGGAGCUACAUUCAGCUGGGGAGACUCAUGGUUGCGCUCUUUCGUCAUCGUCAUCUCUCUUGCCAAAGUGGGGGAACAGAGACUUCAGUAGCAAUGCAUUAUGGGCACAGGAACAGGAUGGGAUGGAGAACUCUCUUUUGGUUACACUUUACGUGACGCUGGCAUCAUACACAUUACAUGACAGUGUCAUAAUAGUGUCAAAGCAGUGUCACAAGCAUAAUGUCAAUGUCAUAAACGUUUUAUGGUCAUAAAAAGUUGGCAUUGUUUGGGCUUUCUGUACCAUAACCAAAUGUCACUUAAUGACAACAGUAAUAAAAUGUCCAUGAUAUUGACAUAAUUUUAAUGACAUGUGCAUAACUGUGAUACGACUCUGUGGUGACACUGUCAUGUUAUACGUAUGAUGCCGGCGUCAAGUUAAAUGUUACCCUUUUUUAUACCCUUAUAACAGUGUACUGUACUGUAAAUGUCAAAUAAAAUAUAAGAUAAAAUGAAUUUCUUGUUUUUAUAUUUGAAGUAUCAGAUAGGCUUUUUUGUAUUUACUAACAGAAUGUUAUUCUUCUGACUCGUAUGUGUUACAUAAAGGAAUGGCGCCCCAUUAAAG